AGGAUAUCCAAAAAAACUCAAGACCAUGGUUCUUUCUCAAAAACCAUGAAGAACACAUCCAGCAGCCACAGCGAAGAUGAGCAAAAGAGAAACAGCACUACUCUCGCCAGUCUCGAUUCCAGGUUUAACCAGACCCUCAGAAAUGUUCAAGGAUUGCUUAAAGGACGCAGUUUUCCUGGGAAAGUGUUGCUAACCCGGAGAUCAGAACCACUAGAGAAUGUAGGCCAACAAGAAAGCUCUCCAAAUAUGGAGAGGAAUUUCUCAGACAGUGACAUUGGACUAAGUCAGCAUGUAGACGAGCCUGUUGAGGAAGAACUCCAAAAUAUAAGCAAGCCAAGUGCUAGUGCAUCUGCAAAUAAGCUGAAAUUAUCCUCCCUGAGCACCGAGAAUACAUCCAGAGAGGUUCACAAGUCUACUAUGGGUGCUAGAGCUACAGACUCUGCUAGGAUUAUGAAGUUCACUAAAGAGCUAUCAGGGCCCACAGUCAUAUUAGAUACAUUGCGUGAGUUAGCUUGGAGUGGUGUGCCACCAUAUAUGCGGCCUGGUGUAUGGAGACUUCUUUUGGGAUAUGCACCACCUAAUUCAGAUAGAAGGGAGGCAGUUUUGAAAAGGAAACGUCUUGAAUAUCUCGAUUGUGUUUCUCAGUAUUAUGACAUUCCAGAUAGUGAACGUCCAGAUGAUGAGAUCAGCAUGCUUCGCCAGAUUUCUGUUGAUUGCCCUAGAACCGUACCUGAUGUCUCUUUCUUUCAACAAGUGGGAGUUCAGAAAUCAUUGGAGCGCAUUCUUUAUACAUGGGCUAUUCGGCAUCCUGCAAGUGGAUACGUUCAGGGAAUAAAUGAUCUUCUUACACCCUUUUUAGUUGUAUUCUUGGCCGAAUAUUUGGAAGGAGGUGUGGAUAAUUGGGUGAUCUCAGAUCUAUCUCCAGAGAAAAUUUCUUACAUAGAAGCUGAUUGCUAUUGGUGUUUGUCAAAGUUGCUUGAUGGUAUGCAAGAUCAUUACACAUUUGCUCAACCAGGUAUCCAAAGGCUUGUGUUUAAGCUGAAGGAAUUGGUCAGGCGGAUUGAUGAACCCGUUUCAAGACACAUGGAGGAACAAGGGCUUGAGUUUCUUCAAUUUGCUUUCCGUUGGUUCAACUGUCUUCUAAUACGUGAGAUUCCUUUCCAACUUGUUACGCGCUUGUGGGACACAUAUCUUGCAGAAGGAGAUGCACUGCCAGACUUUCUUGUGUACAUAUUUGCCAGUUUUCUUUUAACAUGGUCAGAUAAACUUCAGAAGCUUGAAUUCCAAGAGAUGGUGAUGUUCCUUCAGCACCUUCCCACUCAGAACUGGACGCACCUGGAGCUUGAGAUGGUGCUUUCAAGAGCAUACAUGUGGCACACCAUGUUCAACAGCUCCCCUAGCCACCUAGCCAGCUAAAGAGGGAAUAAUCAUAUUCUGUUUUAUAUUAACAGCCUGAUUUUUUUUUUUUUUUUCACUCUAUUGUUUGUUUCCCUUUUUUUGUACUUAAUUUGUUGGGGCUCAUUGAAGCAGCUUUUCAUGUAAUUCCGUCUGUUAAUGCUUACAUAGCAAGCAGAAACCAAGUAAUCUUCGUUGUAUUGUGGUUUGUAAUGUCUGUAUCUUUUACCAUUUCUUUGUAGAUUUUCACAUUAUAAAGGAAAAAGACUCUUCCUAUACAACAGUUAAAAUUUUUAUGAAUAGAGGAGUUUUGAGGCAGUUCCUUUAUUUA